AUGACUACCCUCCAACCUGGUGACACCUUCCCCAGUGAUGUGACUUUCCAGUACAUCCCGUGGUCCCAAGAGAGCAGUGAAGUCGCUUCAUGUGGCAUUCCUAUCAAUUACAAUGCCUCCAAGGAGUGGGCAAACAAGAAGGUUGUCCUCUUCUCAGUGCCAGGCGCUUUCACCCCGACCUGCUCUGUAAACCACGUCCCGGGAUAUGUUCAGAAUCUCCCAAAAUUGAGAGAGAAGGGUGUUGACAUCGUUGCCGUGGUGGCAUUCAACGAUGCUUUCGUCAUGAGCGCGUGGGGCAAAGUGAAUGGAGUCCAGGACAACAUCCUUUUCCUUUCUGAUCCCGAUGCCAAGUUCUCCAAGAGCAUUGGAUGGGCCGACAAUGCCUCCGGUCGCACUGGUCGCUAUGCGAUUGUUAUUGACCACGGCAAGAUUGGCUAUGCUAAGAUUGAAACAGAGAAGGGUGUCGUGAAGAACUCUGGAGCCGACGCUGUCCUUGCCUCUCUGUAA